AUGAACUCUAUAAGAUCUUUUCAGCGACUUGGAACCUUUGUCGGAGCUACGUCUGUCAGAACUUCACUGUUGAGAAAUGCUGCUGUUGUUCCCAUGCUGAUGAGAAGACAAACGUCAACAUCAGCAGCGACUAACGAACAUGAGCAGAUUCUUCGACAACAGCGUGCUGUACGUCCGUUGUCUCCCCAUUUACAAAUAUAUCAGCCUCAAUUAACGUGGUUGCUAUCAAUUGCACAUAGAUUCAGUGGUGCAGGAGUUGCUACUGUGCUUUACGGAAGUGCUGUAGCGUAUGUCGUUGGGCCAUACUUGGGUACUCCGUGGGAUGCAGAUACUCUUGUAGCGGCAGUAUCUACGCUACCUCCGUCUAUAGUUUUAGCUGGCAAAGCUUCCCUGGCCUUUCCAUUUACCUUCCAUACCUUUAACGGAAUCCGACAUUUGAUCUGGGAUACUGGUCGUAGUUUGACUGUAAAAGGCGUUUACACUACCGGGUGGGCUGUAUUGAUCAGUUCUCUAGUUUCUACGGCAAUAUUAGUUAAUAAGCGAUUAACAAAAACUUUAAAUCUCCAUCCUUCAUAUUUCGGCCCCGACAUGCACGAAAACUUGAAAAACCGCCUUUACGUUGACGUAGAGGGUACAUGCACUGGUAGAUAUGGAUACAUAAUCGCAGUAGUGAAGAUAGAGAACUACUCCCAAGGGAAAGUCUUGCCAUCUCUUGGACUUGCAGAGUUUACAAUCACCUAUAUGGCAAUCGUAUUUAAGCCCUUCAGAGGCGAGGUUGUCGAUGGAACAGUUACGCAAGUUAUUAAGAUGGGAUUCUUUGCAGAGGUUGGACCUCUCCAAGUAUUUGUUUCCAAUCAUUUGAUUCCGUCUGAAUAUACGUUUGAUCCGCAUGCAAAUCCUCCUGCAUACAUUGGAGAAGAUCAGCCAACUAUUGAAAGGGGAUCCUGUGUGCGAAUGAAGAUAGUAGGAACAAGAUUUGAUGCAACUGAUAUUUUUGCAAUUGGAACCAUUAAAGACGAUUUCCUUGGAGUAAUUGACAGAUAA